AUGCUUCUUCUGGUGGCUCUUAUACUGGGUGCUGCUUACCUAUUCCAUCUGUACUCCAAACGACAACAAAGACAAAAAGAACUACAUCAUGUAGUUGCAAAACGGGAAUACGAACGAGCUGAGUCGAUUGCUGUAGCGGAGGUCUCGUGCGCCAAACUGAAUCCGGCAACAAGGAACAAAAUAGCUGCUUGGGACUUUGUCGAGCUGAAAGGAAACCGUGGCCAAUGGGUAGCUGUGGGGAAAAUCUUCAAAAAGGCAAAGUGUCAUGUUUGGAGAGUGUUGCGAACCUAUCAGUACAAGGCACUUCGAGCUCACGCCGAAACAAACAGUGUCACGCUCUUCAUCAAGGAAGCAGAACGUUGGGCUGCUGAAUGGGAUGAGAAGGCCACUGCCCCUAAUUUCACCAAGCCGCGCCUGGAAGGCUAUGACACAACUCGUGGUUUUGUGCAGGACGUAGGAAAGCCGUCGAAGUCUGAUUCAGUGCUCAUACAGCAAAUUAAGCAGUUUAGGUUUCAUUCCCUAUGUCAACAAACGUCCCGCAGUCGUUGCUGGCCUACAGCUGUAGCAAUCCUGUUUACGGCACUACAAACACACCUAUGGACAGAUCGCGAACCCCUGGUGGUUCCUCAGGAGGAGAAGCGGCGCUCUCUGGCCGCGGACGGAUCUAUUAUUGGAAUUGGUGGUGACGUCGGUGGUUCGAUUAGGAUUCCAUGUCAUUUCACAGGCAUGGCUGGUAUUAAGCCGUCCCAUCUCCGAUUUUCACACCGUGGUAAUCAAGGUGCAGUACCAGGACGGCCAUUGAUCAAUGCCAAUGAAGGGCCAAUGGGCAGAGAUAUCUUGACAUCAGUGGAAUUUCUGAAGGAGGUGUGGAGUGAUAACUGGAUCACUGAGAAUGACCCCUAUGUUCCGCCGGUGGUCUGGAAUGAUGAGAUGUAUCGAAAGGGCAACAAAUACCGUAUUGGUUACUAUGUCGAUGAUGGUUGGUUCACUCCAGUACCGGCCAUACAACGAGCAGUACUGGAAGCAAAAGCUCAUCUGGAGGCCGCCGAACUUCGCGAAACAUACGCCGAAAUAGAACAAUAUCGCGGUGACGUAGUGGAGCUUAUGUUGAAAAAUCACAUCGAUGCUCUUCUUUGUCCACCUCAGGUCCUCAUCACACCAAAGCACAAUGUUCCCGCAAAAUUGUUCUCGGCUGUUGCUUACACCGCCUUAUUCAACCUAUUAGAUUUUGGAGCCGGAGUAGUGAAUGUCACCAAGGUGAACGAAAGUGACGAGCAGAAGCUACGAGACGAAUACCCGGAGACGGACUUGUGGUACAGAACGGCUAAGGAAGCAUGCAAGGAUUCGGUCGGCUAUCCUGUGAAUGUUCAAGUUGCGGCUCCGCCCUACAGAGAAGAAAUCGUGCUGCGUCUUCUGAGAGAUAUCGAAAUCGCCGUCACUGGAAAAUAG